GUCUCGUGUUUCUGCAAUACCAGAGCGAGACUAAGAGGGCGCUGUUGCCGAAUGAAAUCACAUCUAUGGACACUGUGAGGGCUCUCUUCGUACGUUCAUUUCCCAAGCAAUUGACUAUGGAGUAUCUCGACUCACCUCACAUCCGGGUCUACAUCCACGACCCCGCGAAAGACAUGUUUUACGAGCUCGAAGACCUCAGGGACAUUCGUGACCGAUCUGUUCUGAGGAUCUACGAACAAGACGUGAACGGUGGUGGUGUCUACAGCACGUAUGAUCAAGAUCUCAGCUACUUCUCUGAACCCGAAUUCGACUCCGAAUAUCAGCAUCAGCACAUUCACAGGAGCAAGGCUUCCAAAGCUCCGUUGCCGCCAGCCAUCGGGUACUACGGGACUUUGCCAGCUCAGUAUCUACCUGCCAAUAGAACCCAGACUUUGCCACACAGCGCCUCCAUGAGAACUUACUCCCCCUCCCAUGUAGCGGCAGCUGACCGCCAAAAGUCCCAAACUAUGGCCCCCGGAGGAGGUGGGACAUUGCCUCCCCCAAAGCCGCAGAGGUCGUUUCAGCAGGCCCUGACUCCAUUGGGCAAGACGAUUCGUUCUACUCCUCCUCCCACGGGGCCACCUCCCUCUAUUCCUUCACCAAGAUCUGGCCAACCUCGUCCUUUGGUGCCAAUUGGCUCGUCGAUGCCAAUGUCACCAGAGAGAAGACACGAACCUCUGGGUUCGUACCGAGCUCCUCCUGACCGUCCAUAUUCUGUAGCUGGACAAGCAACAUAUCACAUCUCGCCCGAAAGGCGCUACGACCCAUCAUAUCAUUCCUCGCCAGAGCGCCGUUCUCAGCAGGAGUCCGGUUACCUCUCAUCACCUGAGAGGCGCGUGGAUCACCAGAGGUCCUUCUCUGGUUACUCCACGAGCUCUUCCUACGAGGAUUCUGUUUAUGGUGGAAGCAUAUACGGCACAAGGUCUGGUAGUGUUACUCCUGUCAUCGAUGAUGAAGCCAAGUUAAGGAUGGAAUACAUGGAACGACAGCUCGCUAGCCUUACCGGACUUGUACAAAAAGCACUUACAACUGGGCCACCUAAUAAAAACAUGCCGCCAAAUCAACAGCUGCAGCAAAUACCAACGAGGGAUUGUGAGCAAGGGAAGGUGGGGAAUGGAACGAAAGUCCAUCUUACUCCUGAAAUGUAUGUUCAACUAAGACAUUUAAGGAAGCAAACCAAGGACCUGAGGUUAGAAGUGAGGAACUUACGUAGGAUAGCUCAAGCCCAAUCUGUCACAGCCAGAGACACCGUUAGAGAAACCUGUGUAAAAAUUAAAUCUAUGUUAGCACACGCUCAAUCUGGAGAAGACCAGGUUUGUGCAGAAAGAUUGAGAGUAUCUCGAGAAGAGGAUCUCUACAGACAAGAUGUAACUAAACUAGAAAAAGACCUCACUGAAUUAGAAACUCAUGUUGAAGAACUUCGCAGUAACGUAAUCAAUAGGAAGUGUCGAGUCAACAUGUGUGAUGUAGAAGGAAUGGCACUUAUAUUAAGUAGAGCUAGUAAAACCGUUGCUGACUUAAAAGCACGAUUCCCUAAUUUGCAAGAUAGCUUGAAGUCAGUAAUGGCAGCUGAAAUGGAAGUGGUAGUUAGAGAAGAAAAAUUCCUUAAAGAUGAACCUGAUAGACUAGAAAAUGCUUUGCGCCGCUGUAAAAAGCUUACGGGGACUUUAGUUACAUUAAAGCGCUUGGCAUCUGUGCAGGAGCAGCGUCACACUGGUGCUCACACUACCCCCGAGAAGUCAUCAUCCUCUGAAGGCAACCAUUCAGACGGGGAAGUCCAUAACAUUAAGGCUCUUGCUUCCGAUCCCCACACUGUGAUACACGUCCCACCAGGUGGUCACCAAAGAGCUUCUGAAAAUGCUUUAGAUGCAUUGCUUGAUGAACUUCAAACUUUUACAAAACCUCUAGAACAGCCUCGAGACAAUAUACCUGGACUACUAGGACCUCAACGGCGACUUCCAUCCUAUCCUAGUGCUGAAUCCCCCGUGCGCAGUCCUGCACGAUCUUUUGCUCCCUCUAUGCCUGGACAACCAGAAGUGACCACAUCUGGAAACAGUGCUUUUCGAUCACCUGCAACAAUAACAAGCAAAUUGCAGGUUAGUGAAUCGGGGGCUCAACGAACAGUAGUGUCUCCAUCCCAUUCUCCAGUUCCUGAAUCUAAAAAACCACAAGACAUGAUCGUAAGAGUAGCCGUCAAUCCAGGAGGCAAUACGAAGCAGACUGUUAUAGAUGGGGUUGAAGGCACGGUAACAAACCCUAUUUCUCAAAAGAAAGCUCCGCCUCCACCACCUCCACGCACGACUAGUCGAUCACCAAUGACAUCUCCAACUGCAGAUACUCAGGAUAAUGUUCCUGGUAGUCCUAGAGAUGUGGUGUUCAGCCAAUUGCGCAGUAAUUCAGCUCCAGUUGGAGAUAUGGACAAUUCUGUGAAAAAAGCGCCGGCACCAAGGUCUGUGUCUAAAGAUGAGGGUACAGCUCUGAAGGAAAAGGAAGACGAGGAACUUCUGAGGACCAGUGCUAUAUCAGAUGAAGGCCUUCGGAGAGAGACUUUGUCUAGUAACAGCAGUAGUAGUGAAAGUGUGAAUUCGCAGGAAGGUCUGCAAGUUGGCCAAACUGGCAGCGGUCUGUCACCCCUUGGGAAAGAGAGAAAAUCUAGCGGAUCCCGCGGUACCCCACCAGAUGGGGGUACUCCCAAUAAAAGUUCCAAAAAAUUAGGCCCUCCUACUCCUCCUCGCACGCAACUCCUAGCUAGACAGGAUGUAUUAGAACAACGGCAUCAGGAGCUUCUUCGUAAACAGAAGCUUCUUCAGGACCAGUACACUAGGCUACAGCAACUCCAGAACAGUCAGAUUCUUCAACGCUUUCCCUCUAGAUCUGCAACUUCCACCCCAAUUAUGAAUGACCUAAAGAAAACUGGAAGUGAAAGUAAUAUAUUAUCCAAAUCAGCUCUUUCAAUGACUCCCUCAUCAGGAUCCCUAACGCAUUUGGCGGGAAACGCGGUUAAUUUUAAUCCUAAGGAAGCAAAAUCGCAUUUGGCGGGAAACGCGGUUAAUUUUAGUCCUAAAGAAGCAAAGCCGUCGGUAGUGGUCACCACUUCUGCUAAUUCAAAAGCACCAGCUGUGCCGGCGAAACCAGCCGCUUCACAGAUACAGAGGAAUAAAAUAUAUGAGACUGAUAUUCUGUGAAAACUUAUGAAAUAUUUUUGUUUGAAAAAAAAAUGAUUUCCCCCAUUUCUAUAUAGAACAAAUGGUAUGGAUGCCAUUUGGAAGAUAGAAAUAGUCUGUUAUGGACUGUAAACUUGAAUUGCUAUUGUCUGUUUGAACAGUUAAGAUAUUAAAUUGAUAGAGAACUGAACUGAACUGCACUUGUCUAAUUGUUGUUGUCUUUUUUGAUCUGUUCCAGCAGCAUGCUGUAUUAUUCGCUUUCUGCUCUACUUAAAGAAAAUGUUUAUAUAUCUUGGUUUACUUAUCAGCAUUACUCGCUGGUGCUUUAUUGACAAAUAGUUCCCAAUUUGGAUUCCCUAGAAUUCAUGUUCUGUAGAACCUAGACCGUGAUGUAGAAUAAUCAAUAAAAUGUGGUUAAAAUAUUUAUCAUGUUAAUAUAUUUGAUGAAAGAGAUUUUGUGGACUGUGAGGGACCGAAUCUACAUCAUUUGUAUAAAAAAAAUACUUUUGUCAUUGAGAAAGUUAAUUUCGUUUAUUUUCUUUCUUCAUUAUCAGUACAUAUUAUUUCCUAUCCGUGGUGCAGAACAUUAAUUUUUUAACUACUGUCAACCUCGAUUGAAAAAUUCUCUAUAGUUUUGAUUUUUUUUCUCUUUAUUUUUAUUAAUAUUAUCAUGAUGAUAUUCAUUCCAUAUGUACGACUGGAAUCGUUGGUGUGUUUUUACAUUUUAGUGGAAGUUUCAUAGAAUUUGAAAAUAAAAAUAAAACACAAGUUGAUAGAAAUUUGUUGUGGCUGUAAAUUUUAGCAAAGUUUAAAAUAAAAAUCUAGUGCUGAUGAUAUAGAUCUUGAAAAUUUUUAAAAUUUAUAUUUACUUUUCUUAUACUUUUUAACCAAUUCUUAGAUUUUAUGGCAUUUACAUGUGCCAAAGAAACAAAAUUAACAUCUUUCGAAUAUUUUUCUUACUUUUUUAAAAAACUUUGUUGUAGUUUUCUUUGAACAAGCAAUGUAAUAAAUAGGCCAUUUAGUAAUUUGUUUGUCUUCUAUUGUGGUCCUUGAUGUAAUACAUUUUUUACCAGUUAUGUCAAAGUAUUGAGCUGAUAAUCAUUAGUGGAUCAUCACAUUAUGAUUAUUAAUAUGAUUAGUAUUUAAAACGGUUUUAUCAAUUUUUUAUAUAAUUAUCCAUCAUGAAAAAUAGUAGAUAAUCUGAAAAAUGAUGUUCUGAUUAUUGUGCAUUCUGUGAAAUUUUUUAAGCUCAGUUUUUAUAUAUUUAUGUAACUUUUUACAAAUUGAAAAUGUGAAUUCUGAUUGAAAACUAUCGUAAAUUUUUUUUUCUAAACUGGGCAAAAAUCAAAAUUGAAAUAAUGAAUUGUAAUGUAAUCUUUUGGAAAAAAUAAUUAUCAGAAAUCACAUGGCGUAAACAAAAAAGAGCUGAAAGUAUCUAAUUUUAUGGCCUAAGGUACAAUAGUUUUUGUAGCAACUGAAAUAAUUGGAAAUGCAGCGAUAUCUGCGCAAAUGAAACUGUUGGGAACUUGAUACUCGUGUUAAAAACUUUUUGAUACUUUCAGUUCUUUUUCCAAAUUGUAUGUAUUUUUCUUUUCAAAUUAUGAUGAUGUUCAUAGACAGUUACAAAAUUGUAAAAAAUUUAUUGGUAGCUAACAGAUUAAUAUUGUUUUGUUUAUUAUUUGAAACUUUGUUGUAAUCACUUUAAGACAAACAAUGCUUUGAAA